UUUCCUCAAUCAUCGUCAAUCCAUACUGAAUUUGCUUUUCUCAGCGUUGUUCUAAAAGUACCUCCCUGUGCAUGACAUACUUGGCGACGCACCUUCCCGAACCGUUCGCUUCCCAAAGGUUUCCCAUUCGUUACCUCUCACCUUCUCCUUCACCUCGGAUGAUUACUCGCUUACCGUUUGCAACGAGGCAGGAGCGGCCUUUCGCCUAUCACCUGCGCGGCCUAGCGCACAGUGUUCCUUAUACCACAAGCCCUGCUUCGAGCGCAGCUUUCACCUUGCUCUCGUCACGUUUCUCUAAACUCCUCUUCCCGAUUCCCCUUACCGCGAGUCGCGGGUUCGGGUCACCAUGGCGCCGCAGUCUCACCGCGACAUUGAGGAUUACGUCGUCUGUAAUCCGUCCGAUGAUGAGAUUGAAGUCCAACACUUUGGUCGAGAUGACGAGAAUGAGGAUGACGAGCGUCGUAUCAACGACCGAGAGUACCUCUUCAUCGACGACGAUGAGGAAAGUCCCGGCAGUCGCGCGAAAUCGCCACUUCAAGAGGACGUCUUCCCAGAAUCUGUCGAAGUGCCCUCUUAUCGAUUGGAGAAUGGCAGCAUUAUCCGCCCAGGAGACACCGUGGAGCUGAUUGACCGAACUGAGAGGAACCCAGACCUUACCCUUAGCGGAGAUUUUCUGAGAAUUACUGCGAUUGUUGAAGAUCUGAAGACGCAUGAAUCCAAGCUGAAUGGCUACCGACUACGAAGAUGCAGCUAUCUUCGCCCUCUAUUCGAUGGAAAGCUCAACGAGUUGUUCAUGCUCAUCGAAGCCUCAGAAGAUGAUCAUCGUCCGACCAUGGUACAAGGACUGCAAUCUAUACCUCUUACUGAAGUCCUUAAGAAACGGAACUGCGAAUUCACGGACAAAUGUUAUGAUGCAUAUGACGUACGUAUGGCCAAUCGCUGGGCACCCGCGGGCCUGAAAACGUCAAUGGAGAUCAAAGACUGGAUCUUUCGCCAUGGUACUCUGAUUUGCCGUUAUGUUCACACCGUCGUCUUCGAUCACAACUCGGUAUCUUACAGCGGAGAAGUACGCAAACUCUACCGUCGCGAAACCGGGCAUACUAUAAAGACGCCUUCCCCUCCCAUUUGUACCUCGUCCCAGUACAGUUCGACUUCCUCACAGUCCAGCUCGACAGGUUUUCACUCCAGGAAACGCCGACCAUCGAUUGAGCAGAUCGAUGGUGCGUCCUCGAAGCGACGUUCACCGCCGGCCAAAGCGGCCCGCUACACUUUUGGGGAUGCGUUUUGUGGCAUCGGGGGUGCUUCCGAAGGAGCGGGCCAAGCAGACCUGUUCGUCAAAUGGGGCCUCGAGAAAGAUGCACUUGCGAUGCAUGGUUACGCAGCGAAUUUCCCUUCAGCGGAAUCCUUACGCAUGGACGCACAUGACUUUUCCGCGAUCGCAAAACGCUGCGAACAUGGCGUCGAUAUUCUGCACAUGUCAUGCCCGUGUUGUUAUUGGUCAGAGGCUCACACCAAUGAGGGAAAGAACGACCAAGAAAACAUGGACACUCUGCUCACAGUAGGACCGUUCCUCAGGGCCGUGAAGCCCCGUUACGCAACCUUAGAGCAAGCACCCGGUCUCUUAAAGCUGAAAAAACACCGACUUUGGUUCCGAAAGCUAGUUAACGAAAUCAUUUCAAUGAAAUACAACGUCCGCUGGCGCGUAACUGAUCAGUCCGAGUACGGACUGCCACAGCGUCGUCGUCGUUUGGUCUUCCUGUGUGCCAAGCAAGGCUUGCCUCUUCCAGCAUUUCCAAAACCCCUUUAUGGGCCCAAAGAUAGUGGUCUGCCCUACUGGGUGACAGUGGGCGAUGCACUUGAUGCCCUUGAGCGCCGCGGAGCACGCGCAGAUAUGCACGACGAAUACCACCAGCCUGCGGAAGAGAGGAUUCUUGCUCGACCCCGCGAGCCUGUGGACCCGCGGACGAUUCUUGCGAAGUGCAUCACGACAAGCGGCGGAGCAAACAUCCAUCCAUCUGGCCUCCGGAAAUACACGCCUAGAGAGAUUGCGCAAUUGCAGGGUUUUCCUCUUGACUACAUGUUCACUGGGUCUCGAGGCGAAGCAACGAAGCAAGCCGGCAACGCUUGGGCACCCGUUGCCAAUACCAAAUACUUCUUGCUUCUUGCUCAGUUCCUUGAGGCCUGGGACAUGGGGUACAUUGAGGCUGACGAUGACGUGGAGGACCUUUACAACUAUAUCGAAGAUAAAGGCAUUCGCGUUCCCAGCACCACUCGUUACCUCAAGAAACUAUCCAAGCCCAUCGUGUCCAGGAAGAAACACCCGUUGUGGGGAUCCACUUACCAAGUCGACCGUGCGCCGCGGCAACGUGCUCCACGGAUCGCACCACCCGCACUACCGUCCAGAGAACAACGGCAGGUUCGAGACGCUGCGGAAAUUGCUAGACAACGAGGUGAACUGAUCGAUGUUGACUGAAGCACAAGCAUCAUGUGCAAAACAUAACGGAAAGUCGCAACUUGAAUCCGACAUCUACCAAGAAUGCGACCCACAAGGCGAGAGAACUCUGCCGUUAUGCAUACCAGCUGUACAACUGCGGCUAGUCUGCGCGAACGUUAUAUGCUCAUUUGGGCCGCAAGCCUGAGGAUCUGUAUGCAAAUGACGACACAAUUUCGAUGUUUGAGCUUUCUGGGAAGCACUGCGGGUAUUUCGGCUGAUGAACCGGCACAAUUAACACAGUGGCCACGGUAGACAAGCACCUGAAGCACUGACA